UUAUAUUCUUCUCAAAUAAAGCGCCAACUUAGUCAUCUGCGAAUCAGUGCACGAAGUCAGUUGAUGGCCGUACCCCGUACAAUAUAGCACAUUAGAGCCAAUCAAACGCAAACAGAAUAGAACGGCGUACUCGUCACACAGUGAUGAUUGCAUUUGAGGUUAUUUUGUUUAUAAAUCUCUUUCACGUUAAUUCUUGAAGUACAAAAUAAUCGUGAGUGUCAAAUAAACUACAAUCAUGGGCAAGUUGGACGUGAAGAUGUUGCGCUACCUCAGUAAAGAGGACUUUCGUGUUUUAACAGCCAUAGAAAUGGGUAUGAAAAAUCACGAAUUGGUACCUGACGUUCUCGUGGCACAAAUCGCGAAUCUUCACCACGGUGGAUUGCACAAGAUUCUUAAGGAGUUGGUGAAGCACCGACUAAUUGGCUACGAACAGGAUAAAAAAUACAACGGUUAUAGGUUGACAAAUACUGGUUACGAUUACUUGGCAUUGAAGACAUUUACUGCAAGGAAUUUGAUUGAUCGUUUUGGCAAUCAGAUUGGCGUGGGUAAAGAAUCCAACAUUUAUGUGGUUUCCAAAAACAAUGAGGAACAUUAUGUAUUGAAGCUGCACAGAUUGGGUAGGACUUGCUUUAGAAAUGUAAAGAAUAAGCGAUACUACCACCAACAUAGAAAACACAUGUCCUGGUUGUAUAUGUCAAGAAUGUCUGCUACAAAAGAAUUUGCUUUUAUGAGGGAAUUGGAAAGGAGGGGUUUUCCUGUUCCUAAACCAAUUGACAUAAAUAGGCAUUGUAUUAUUAUGGAGCUGAUUGAUGGUGUACCACUAUGCAAUGUUCAUGAAAUUCAAAACAAAGAAAGACUUUACGAUGAUCUAAUGAACAUCAUGUGUAAAUUGGCUCACUGUGGUGUUAUUCAUGGUGAUUUCAAUGAAUUCAAUAUUAUGCUCACUCCAGAUGAGAAACCAAUUAUAAUUGAUUUUCCACAAAUGAUACCAACUGAUCAUGAAGAAGCUGAGAUGUACUUUGAUCGAGAUGUUCAAUGUAUUCGAGAGUUUUUUAGAAGGCGCUUCGAUUAUGAAAGCGAAAGGUAUCCAGUUUUCAAGAAAGUCAUGAAAGAAUGCAAGAAAGAAGAAAUUUCAAAGGUUAGUUUUGAUGAUCCAGUAUUGAGUGACGAUGAAGAUUAUCAACCAAUAAAAGGAGAAGAAUAUUAUUCUAACACUGAAGAUGAGGAAGAUAAGGCAGAUAGUGACAAGGAAGAAAGUGUUGAAGAAUUGGAACAGAAAGUUUCAAAAUUGAAUGUUGAAAUAAAGACAGAUGGAAGUAUAAAAUCUAAUGUUCAAAAUUAUAAGGAAGAAGUCCAGUCAGCAGUACCUGAACUGAUACCAAUUAGUUUGCAGGAUGCACAGAAAAAAGUUUCUUGUAGUGACAAAAAAAAUAAGGAUAACGAUUCAGAUGAAACUGAUUCUUACUAUGCUGAAUCAACAACUGACAUGAUGAGUACAGCAUCAACAAUCAUACCAGAUGAUUUAGUCAAGAAGAGAAUAAAAGUAGAAAUGAUGAAGCGAGAAAAGAAAGUUCAAAAUAGGCGGAAUUUGAAAAAAGCAAGCACUUGUGGCAAAGUUCGAAGAGAUAAUCGUGCUAUUGCAAGGGAUAGUGUUGCUGUUUGGGAUGAUAUGUAAACUUUUAUGACUGGUUAUAUUUUUUCAAUGUACAGUUAUCAUAUAAAUUAUAUUUCAUUUACAAAAAUGUAAAAAUUACAAAUUGUAAUUAAUUAUUAUUUAAGUUUUUUAUCUUCAUUACGUUUAUUUUAUAAACAUAAUUACGUAAUAAAAAAUAUUUUGAAAA